GAAGAGCUGGACAUCACCAAGAUCAAGGUGAAUAUGGAUAACGAGAAGUAUCUUCUCGCGCAUCCGGAGAUCCGCGACAUGAUCUCCGUGUUCGUCCACCAGGUACUGGAGUACAAGCCGGACAACAUACUGAGGUUUGCAGGCGAUUUCUUCACGAGGGACGACUUGUACGCCUGCGUCAAGAAGAAGACGGAAGAAGUGUCGCGUGGUUGA